AGAGGGAGGACAGGAGGUGGGGGCUUGAAGUGUAAUGAAACUUUGGCAAUUGUGCUCUGAUUAGAUCUGUAUCAGAGUAGCCCCUCCCCUCCCUCAUGCAGAUCUAUAUAUAUGCACACACAGCCGGCACAGCCAAUUCACUGGCCCCGCGUGGUGCACACUCGAGUGUGUGUCUACUCACAGGCUUCUGGGCACAGUACUUGAGAGCAAGAGCAAGAGCAAGCACAUGUUUGUGCUGUGAUCUAUCUGAGAGACAGACAGAUAAAGAGAGAGAGAGAGUGAGAGAGAAAAGAAACUACACAGAGCUGCUUGUGGCACAGAGACAGUUGGAGAGGUAAACAGAGCUAAAGUAAAGAAAUAGAGAGAGUGAGUGAGAGAGAUACUUAGGCUUAGAGUUGCCACAACUUCAUCCCCAUUACAAUGGACGACUAUGCUCUCUCCUUCUGGAUUUACAUGGGUGUGAUGUCGGUGUUUGUCGGUGGGACAGUGAAGAAGUUCCUGGCGUCCCAUGUGAGUGCCAUGCCCUCUCUGGUGGCAUGGCUUGGUGCCACACUCCUGGUGGAGAGGCUGUGUGCCCUCUGCAUGCCUGCUGUCCUGGCACUGGCUGCCCUCUGUGCUGCCUGCUGGCUCUAUGCUACCUGGGCUGCCCCGGCGCCGACUCUGCCCGUGGAGGGGAAGGCGGUCUUCAUUACAGGGUGUGACACAGGGUUUGGGCAUGCCACGGCUAAGCACUUGGACGCGAUGGGGUUCGAAGUGUUCGCAACAGUGCUGGAUCUGGAAGGACAGGGGGCCAAGCACCUGAGGAGCACCUGCUCGCCACGGCUCACCCUGCUGCAGGUGGACAUCACCCAACCACAGCAGGUCCAGCAGGCCCUGAUCAACACCAAGGCCAAGCUUGGCAUGAAAGGCUUGUGGGCUCUGGUGAACAAUGCAGGCGUUUGUGUAAACUUUGGAGACGCUGAGCUGUCCCUCAUGGCCAACUACAGAGGCUGCAUGGAGGUGAACUUCUUCGGGACCCUCUCCGUCACUAAGACCUUCCUUCCUCUGCUGAGACAGAACAAAGGCAGAAUAGUGACCAUCUCCAGUCCUUCAGGUGAGCAGCCCUUCCCAUGUUUGGCAUCUUACGGGGCUUCAAAGGCUGCACUGAAUCUCUUCAUCAACACACUUCGUCAUGAACUGGAGCCGUGGGGAGUCAAAGUGUCCACCAUCCUACCCUCUGCCUUCAAGACAGGUCAGAGCAGUAACACAGAGUACUGGGAGAAACAGCACCAGCACCUGCUGCAGAACCUCUCCCCGAGCCUUUUAGAAGAGUAUGGCGAGGAAUACAUACUGGAGACCAAGGAGCUUUUCCAGAGCCAUGCCAAAAUGGCCAACGAGGACCUGAGCCCCGUCAUCAACACCAUCGUGGAGGCGCUGCUGUCGCCGCACCCUCAGGUCCGCUACUACACAGGACCAGGCGUGGGCCUCAUGUACUUCAUUCACAGCUACUUCCCCAUGAGCCUCAGUGACAAGUUCCUCCAGAGACUCUUCUUGAAGAAGAAAGUGAUACCUCGCGCACUCAGGAAACAGAACGGCCUGUGCAUUCUCAAUCACAACAACAAUGACAUCAGCAGCAACAACAACAAUAUCACCAAGCCAGAGUAGCUUUGAUAUAGCUCAUUGUACAUAGAGAUGCUAUAGGACCACUGAUGUAAUCCUUUCAUAGUGACCUGAUGCCAAUGUGUGUGUUUGUUCGUGUGUUGUUUUAUUGUUUUAUAUAAUGUGUUUCACUUUUUUUGAAGGGAUCAUGACUGUUUGCAUAUCAUUUGCCGAUAAACAUUUUAGGUAAUUGUUAGCGUUUGGUAGCCCCUUUGUCAACUGGAUCGAGUCCUUUUGCUAUGGUAUAGUUCACGAAGACAAAAACAGAAACAUGUACAGAUUUUAUACCUUCCAGACAACUUUUUUGAUGUGCCUUAGUCACAAGCACUCCAUUUAUCAUACUUUAUAGAUUUUAUAAGAGUGACUUUGGUCAUGAGUACCCUCUAUAAGGUCAUGACCUGGUCUUUUAAGCGAGGGUAAGUGUUCCCGAUCUGAGCCACAUUCACAAAGCUCACCAUUCCCUGCUUGCUGCCAGCGAGUGUAAAAUCCAUUCUAAGUAGCUCUAGAGACAGUCAGCUGCCAGGAUCCGGUUCCUCACGGCAGAGUGACUGAGUUGGCAAGCGGACUCUGAUAAGUACUACUUCAUUACAUGGUGGUGCUUUUCUUGUCUUACUGUUUCCCACUGAUUCACUACAUCCAUGCAUCUUUAAGUUUGAAUCUGUUUCAUCUUUUUGUGCAUGAGAACUCUCAUGUGUUCGUCAGGUGAAACUCAUUUCUAUUAUCUGGCUAAGUUAGCCAGCUCCAAGCAAUAGGCCCCCCUUAACACUCAAUGUUCACACCAUUGUUAAAGAGACCAAUAGGUUUAUUUUAAAUUCAAGGACCCUAGAAGUCUUGUUAGUAUUUUUUUUUGUUUGUUCCCUUAUAUUUGUUGCUCAUUUUUUUGGCUUGUUGUUUGUUUUCCAUACCGCCAUUAUUAUUAUAAAUUGGAGUAUUUAUUCCAGUUAUGAAUCACUUAAACUGUGAAUUUUGUACAAAAGUAUUAAAAAUGAACCAGAAAAAAAUGUUAAUUGUUCACUUGUUCACUCUUAGACUGUAUUAAAGUUGACUUUUUAAAUAAUCGA